AUGCUUGACCUUAAAAUGAAGGAGUCGUGUCGUAUCUGCGCAAGGGAGCUCUGCGGGAACCAGCGGCGAUGGAUCUUUCACCCAGCCGCCAAGCUCAACUUGCAGGUGCUGCUCUCUCACGCCCUAGGGCGAGAGCUGACACGGGACGGCAGAGGGGAGUUUGCCUGCUCCAAGUGCGCCUUCAUGCUGGACCGCAUGUACCGCUUCGACACGGUGAUCGCCCGUGUGGAGGCCCUGUCCAUCGAGCGGCUGCAGCGGCUGCUCCAAGAGAAGCAUCGCCUGAGGCAGUGCAUCGGUGGGCUCUACCGGAAAACCAACGGGGAAGAGGAGGCUUUGACGGGGGCUGGUAGUAGCAGAGGAGAAAGCCCAGCAGACGGUGUGGUGGACAUGUCUUGUCUCACCCAUGCUAAAUACUGUGCCAUCCUCCAGGACGACCUGGUCUACUCUCUUUAUGAGUCCUGGGCUGAGGAUGGCCUGGAGUGUCACCAUCACAGCCAUACCCAUUGUCCUGCAGCUCCAGGGUCAGAGGUUACAUCCAUGGAGUUUCAACACUGUGCAGCCUGCAUCCCCAGGAGGUGCCGGGCAUGUACCUACUGGCGAGUAGAAGACUCUGACUAUGAGGCUGUGUGUAAGGUGCCAAGGAAGCUGGCACGGAGUAUGUCCUGUGGGCCGUCAACCAGGUAUUCAGCCAGCAUUGUUGGAGCGUGCAUGACAGGGGGAGGAGGAGAGGGAGAAACAACACUUGAAGAAGAUUCUGAAGCACCGGCCUCCUCCCUAACUCUUGUCCCUGGCUCUCAGGAGCCCUCGAGGACAUCAGACAGUGACCGCACCUUGGCCGGCCGAGCCAGCUCAAACCCCUCCAUAGCCUCCUUGGAUGGAGCUGAAGAAUAUAACCAACCUGCGACUCAGAAAGAUGGAGGUCUGGGCUUCACCAGGGACUCCCUGGAUGACCGGAUAUCUGACUCACUCUCUGAAGAGCACAUGGGAGCUUCACUUCGUUCACCAAGGUCAGGCCUAUCCACGGCCCUCUGUUUUCUCCAGAGCUGCCCCAUGUACCAACCAGUCCAGAGACAUAAAGGCAGCCAACUGCCGGUGUUGCUUCGAAGGAACCGCAGUAAUGGAGGAACCAGACUGGGAUUGCCUGACCCACUCCUCAGGGUGUCUUAUGGAGCACCAAAUGAAGAGGGUGACAUCCAUGUCACUGUGCCUGAGCUGGGGCCCCCCUUGAUCAGGCUAGAUGUGGGGAUAGAUGGAGGUCUGGACCUCGCUGAGAUGGAGGAGCUUUGGGAAGAUGUGUAUAAAGAAUAUCCUCCUCCACAACCUCACCAGAGUCUGGCGGAGGAGCAGCAGAGCCAGCUGAACCGGUACGAGUGUGCAGCCGGUCAGUGUGUGAGUGAGCUGCAGAAGGCCCAGCUCCAGGUCCAGUCUCUGCAGGCCAAGAUCCAUGAAAGCGAGGCCAAAAAUACAAAGCUUCAGGAGAAGCUAGAUGAGAUGGAGUGUGAGCUGCGGUCCAUCCGCCAAGCUGGUCAGAGCCAGGAAAGAACUAUCCAGGAACUGACAGAGUCAAUCAGCACUAAAGAUAGUGAGGCCCAUGAACUGUACCAGCUAAUAGAGGGGCAGAACGCCACCCUGUGUAAGCUGAGAGAGAUGGCACACCACAACCAGCUUGCACAAAACAAGGCUCCAGAUUUGGGCAGCGAGGCCGGGACACUUGUCCAACUGCAGGGUGAGCUGGUGAGAGUGCAGAGCUCCCUAUUCUCCCUCGGUCUGGAGCUGGAGGCCAGCCAGAGGAGUCUGAGACAGAGCCAGAGGCAAAGAGAAGACCUGGCAGGGUUCAAGGAUAGGCUCCAAUGUGACCUACAGGAGGCGCUACAGCACAGAGAGGUCACUGAGAAACAUAAUCAGGACCUGCGCAGUGCCCUUCAGAGGGCUCACUCCGAGCUCCAGGGUAAAGAGGCCGUCCUGAAGGAGAGUGAAGCAGAGAAACACACAGAGGCUCAGGAGAAAGAAAGGAGCAUAAUGCAGCUCAAACGCUCUCUGCAGGACAAGGAGAGGCAGCUAGAGGAGUACUCAGAGAUGCUGGAGUCCAUAAGGAGCUCCAAACCCAGAGAUGUACUGCUGGAGAAGCUAAGAGAGCGCAUUAAAGAGAGAGACAGGGCUCUGGAGCGCUCCAUCGAUGAGAAGUUUCGUUGUCUGGAGGACAGGGAGGGCCAGGUCAGGAGACUUCAGCUGGCCCUCAGGGAGAAAGAACGAGACCUGGAGAGGCUCCGCUGUAUCCUGUCCAACAACGAGGAGACCAUCUCGAGUCUGGAUGCCCUGGUGAGGGGUAAGGAGCUGGAGCUGGAGCAGGCUGCUGAGGCCUACAGGAACCUCCAGUGGUUGAAGCAGCAGAAUGAGGAGAAAGAGAGAAACACUGUCAGAGAGAAAGAUACAAUCAUUAACCAGCUCCAGGCUGCUCUGCAGACACGCAACCAGGAGACACAGGAUCUGACGGCUGCUCUAUUGGCCAGGGUCCAGGCCGGCCCCGGUGAGGUGGUUGAGGAGCUGAAGGCUCGUCUGGCUUUGAAGGACAAGCUAUUUCAGGAGCUGUUAUCAGACCGCAGCUGCCAGGCUAAUGACCACCAAGUACAGGUCCAGGAUCUGCUCAAAACCAUCAGCUCCAAAGACCAGUAUUUACAUGACUGCUCUGAUAGGCUCUCCCAGGUGAUUGACGAGCGGACUGGCCAACUACAGGAGCUACGCAAACAGCUGUCGUUAAAAGAGCGGGAGCUGUGCAGUCUAAGACAGGACAAGGAGAAGGAGGCAGGAGGGGAAACAGAGCAUCUCCAGAAUCUGCUUAAGGAAAAGGAAGCUUUUAUUAAGGAGCUGAUUCAAGGCCAGGAGGAUGCGAUGGUGUCCUCUUCAAAAGAGGGGGAGGCUGACGUAGCCAUCCGGGAGGAGCUGCAGCUGGUGCUGAAGAAAGAGAGGGAGGCUCAGAAAGAGCUCUCUGCCCUGCGGUUAUCUGUGGCCCAGGCCCAGCAACAGGCCAAAGAUUCUAGUGUGCUGGAGCAGCUUGUUUCAGAGUACCACAAGUUGAACGAGGCUCUGAGAACAGAGAAGAGAUUAUACCAGAGUCUCACCAACAUCCAAACGAGAGGAGAGAGCAGCUCAGAGAAGACCCAGGUCCUGCAUACUGAACUAGAUUCUAUUCAGGCACUCCGUGGACAACUAGAGGAGGUCCUGGCCAGGACCCGUAACAUGGCUCUGACCGUGGAAAGGGCAGCAAAGAGGCAGCCCGACUUUGGAGAGGCAGGGAAAGAGUGGUGGGAGGAGGAGGAGGAGGAGGAGGAGGAGGAGGACGAUGAAGAAGGCAGCAGUGAUGAAUUCACGGACAGUAUAGAGGAUGAUGAUGUCAGAGUGACUGCCAGAGGUCUGGCCUACAUCCAGACCCCUGGUAUGGCCCGUGGACAGGAGGGGUUGUCUGGAUCGCAGGCUGCCGAGGGGCACGGCGAGCUACAGCAGCUUGAAGAGGCGAAGAGGACGCUUAAAGGAGAGCUGGAAGAAAUAAGGUCACAAAUGGAGAGGGAUGGCUACGCCUCCGUAGCUCAGAUGAGGAGUGCCCUGCUGAGCUUGCAGCAGGAGAACCAGGCUCUCAAAGACAGCCGAGGAAGACCGGGGGCUCCCGCCACAAACCCAGAGAUGAGACCCAGUCUGGCUCUGCUAGAGAAAAUGGAAGAGGAGGAAAUUGAGGAAGAGGAAGAUGAGGAAGAAUAUGAUGAGGUGGAGACCCCUUCUGUGCCAGCGGGCAAGCGCGGCCCUCCGUGUGCAAGUUUGAGAGAAGAGGAGGGGAAGAGGCAAUGCACUCGGCCCCAGUCUCUGGACCUGGGAUGUUUACUGUCCAACCAUCAGCCGCACGGGGCGGAGAAGGAGCCCGGUGAUGACGGCGGUGCUUUCUGGCAGCACGUGGAGAAAAGCCUCCGCGAGCAGGCGGCCCGUCUGCGCUCCGAUCUGGAUCUAAGUCAUCGGGAGAACAGAGAGCUGCAGGAGAGACUCAUGGUGUCCGAAGCCACUGUCCACGCUCAGGCCGAACAGCUGAAGGACUACAGGGAACUGCUCACGGAGACGUCAGUGCAGCAGGCCAGUAAGCAGGUGCAAGUGGAUCUCCAGGAUCUGGGUUACGAGACCUGCGGUCGCAGUGAAAAUGAGGCAGAGAGAGAAGACAGUAGCAGCCCAGAAUUCGAUGACCUGGAGAUGUGCACGUCACUGUCCCAUCAUCAGGACUACGAGGGAGGGGGCCGGGGCCAGGGCUGGUACACCGGCGACCGCAGUAGUAACGGUGUGGUUUAUGAGACAGGGGAGGAGCCGGGAACAGGCUCUCUCCAUCACCUAGUUCAGGAUCUGCGCUCCCAGCUGACCCGCUGCCACAAGGUCAUCCGUGGGCUGCAGCUACGUGUGCGCUCCCUCUCAACCACCAGCGACUAUGCUUCCAGCCUGGAGCGCACCCCGCGCAAGGUGAACUGGGCUUUCGAGGCAUCACCGGCCCCCAGUGGUGUAGAGGAGGACGACGGCUGGAUGUCUGACACCCUGGGGACUCGCUCGGAGCCCAAGCCCAGCCGGGAGCUUCGCGAGCUGGUGUCGAGAGUGGCCUCGCUGGAGGCACAACUGAAGAGCUCAAGGCUGGAAGGCAAAGGCCUCACAGAAGAUGGGAAAUGUGCCACCUGGCCCGGCAAGUACAACACUCUGAUCCAGGCACAGGCUCGUGAGCUGUCUCACCUGAGACAGAGGAUGCGAGAGGGACGAGGAAUCUGUCAUAUCCUGACACAGCACUUAGGUGACACCACAAAGGCCUUUGAGGAGCUGCUGCGUGCCAAUGAUAUAGACUACUACAUGGGCCAGAGCUUCAGAGAACAGCUGGCACAGAGCACCGCCUUGGCCCAACGAGUGGGCACCAAGAUCAGUGGGCGAGACCGUGCAGAGGGACAUGAUGAUAAGACAGGCCAUGAGUUGCUUGCCUUACGGCUGAGUAAAGAGCUUCAGCAGAAGGAUAAGAUCAUCGAGUCCCUGCACACCAAGCUGCAGCAGCGUCCCGAGACCCCGUCCAGCUGCCACGCCCUCUCUGAAACCACCGACCAAUCAGACCGGACCUCCUUGGUUUCAGAUGAGUGCCGGACCAAUGAGGACUUGGAGUUGUGCUCCGAUCUGGACGCCAGCGAAUAUCAGGAGGAGCACAGACAGGAGCCGGGACACGGCUCGGAGAACGAAGUCUGUCCAUCUCCCCCCUCACCCCACGGUCUCAAGUCCUCCAGCAGCUGUCCCAACAUGCUGUGCUCAGCCCCGGUGGGUUUGGCCGGUCAGCCCAGCAGAGCCCUCCUCACUGGGCCUGUGUCUUCCUCCCUCCCUGGCCCAUCUCUCCACGACCUCUGGGGUCAGCAUAUCACCUUUGACCCCAGGCCCAGGGCUCUGUCUGUGAAUGCUGUUCGCCAAGACUUGGACGCCCUGUACAAACAGAUGAAUGAUCAGGAUAGGGGCUAUAUGGUUCCCCAGGACAAGGCUCUGUCCACUUUCUCACCCAGUGCCCACAACCGACACGACCUUUCAUCCUACAGCCAGCUCUCCCAUCAUGCCUUUCAACAGUACCAGCUUGGUGGCGUGCCCAAGGACCACUCUCUGAGGUCCGACUCAGGUCUACUGACGGGUGGUUCGCCGUGGGAAAUAGAGAACAUGGUUCAGCCAAUCGGAGGCUACGCUGGAUCAUCAGGACACCAAUUAGGAAAUAGUCAGGGAGGGGUGGACUUGAUAGAGGAGCACUUGAGGGAAGUGAGGUCUCUGCGUCAGCGUCUGGAGGAGUCCAUUAGGACUAAUGAGAGACUUCGACAGCAGCUGGAGGAGAGACUGGCUACCACUGGUCGUGAUGGAGGGGCACCCACUAACAUCUACAUUCAGGGACUGGACACAGUCACUCAGCUGUCCAAUGAGAUCAGGAUCCUGAAGGAGGAAAACUUGGCUCUACAGUCACGCCUGCAGGCCAGCUCAGACACAUGUGAAGAGGCAGUGCAGCUGCGGGAGGCGGUGCUUGCGGGGCGUGCUCGUCUCAAGCAAGCGGAGCUCGAGGCGGAGCAGUGGAAGGAGGAGUUAAGACGGCUUCAAGCUCACAGCCAGGAGCAAGGACAGCAGAUCCAAAUGCUCAGGCAGGAACGGCAGAACAGUCAAGAAAAAACUAACAGGCUCCAGCAUGAGGUCUCGCUCCUGCAGCAGCAGCUGUGUGAGAGCAGGGAGCUGAUACACUCCCUGCAGAGUGAGCUGCAUGUGUACGACCGUGUGUGUGGCGGCACCAAGGCCAACAAAGGCUACCUGUGUGAGCUGCCGGGCUUACCGCUGGAGCUGGGGGAGCUGCUGGGCGAGGUGAGGAAUCUGAGGGCUCAGCUCCAGAGCAGCGUGCAGGAGAACAGUGCCCUCAAACAGCUGGAGCUCCACAAGCAGCUGGAGCAGAAGCUCGGCGUCGGGUCUCCUCGGACCCCCUCGCUGUCUGCCCUCACUGCCAGCCCUCAGAGGGACGGCUUCUACAAGCGACAGCUGCUGCAUGACCCGGCGCCAUCUCCACCCGUACGGGACAUCGGCCUGUUCAACUGCGGGUCUCCCUAUGCUCCCUACUCAGACCUGGAUGACAGCCACAGCACUGCCAAUGAUCCUCUUGAACCCCACUCCGAACUGGAGGGGGAGGCUCCCGAUGGGUCGUUCGCGAACCGUAAUGGCCGCCACACCAUCGGUCACGUGGACGACUUCAGCGCCCUGCAGCAGCAAGUCCUAGAAGGGCGCAGCCUUGUCCAGCGAAUGGAGACGGCCCUUCAGGCCUGCCUGAGCCAACAGCUGGUAGAGGGCAACCAGGACCGGAAGAGCAACCUGGUCCUGGACUAUGGGUGUGUGAAGAGUCUGCUGUCCAACACCAAGACUCUGAGGCAGAUCUUAGAGGAAGCCUCAUCUCUGUUGAAGAUGUUUUGGAGGGCGGCUCUGCCCAGCACUGAUCGAUCCACCCAAAACCUUAAGAAGGAGCAGUGCAUGCAGGAGGAGAUUUUGUCCCUGAGACUGCGUAUGUCAGAGCAAGAAGAGGUCCUUCAGGGGACCAUCCAAAGACUGAGGAGCACCAGCCGCACCAAGGAGAGCAUGGAGCAGUUCAUAGUCAACCAGUUGUCAAGGACUCGUGAUGUGCUGAAAAAGGCGCGGACAAACUUGGAGAAGAACGAGCUGAGACUUUCCUCUCUAAGCUCCUCCUCUUCCACAUCUCGUGCUGCUGAGGACCCAAGACGUGUUUCCAGAAAGCAGUCUGCUGAUUGGAGUUUCAUGAAGGCCAGCGAUGCUUCUGAAGUCAUCGUGGCUCCGGUCAACCAACGUCCGGCGGCUCGCAAGCGCAGCAGCCAAUGCCUCCUCGAGACUCUGACCUUUUAAAACAACCAGCCUAAACGCUACCACCUCUUGAACUCUGACCUCUACACCGAAAACAGCCAAGACCCUCCCGUCACCUCCGGCCUUACCUCCCCCCGUCCAUCUCCCCGAAACCCCCUCGAGUAUCCUCCACCGCAACCUUCGUCCAAUCCCGAGAGUGCUUCCGUACCUCUCACGUCUGCCCCGCCAGCUCACAUCUGUAGGCAACAUGUGCGCAAGAUAAUGGCACCUUGAGCCUUACCGGAACGCUGACAUCCUCCUCCCCAUAUUCCUCACGCUCCCUUUUUCCUGCCAACACAAUUCCCCUGACAUCGCCACACCUAUUUUUGUCUCCGAGUGGUACAGUUUGUAGUUUGCUUCAUUGUGAGCGCAACAGAAGAAGGUAUUUGAAAUGUGCCUCUGGUGGUUUCAGUGAUGUGCAUCCUGGCUGCUACAGAUGGAGUUGGCAGAGACUGCACCUAGACACUGAUCUCAGACCAAAUGAGUGUUCCCAAUCCAGUUUCGUAGGAGCUGGAUUACUGAAGACUACACUGGUCUCAGAUCUGUAUCUAGGGGCACGCUCUCCUACAAGCCAGACAGCCCAUGGAUGGAAUAAGUGUUAAUGCAUGUUUACUUACAGAACGGCUUGUGAAAUGGAGUUUUAUACACAUAUACAUAGAUACAUACAUGAAGUACCCGUGCACAUAAACCUAUGACUGGUCACUUCAUUUGAAGAAAAGAAAAACCCUAAACUUUGACUGCCACGCAAAUGCAAGUUUAUUCCUUGUGGCACAUCCUUUACGAAGACAUUUUCGCAAGUACAAUGCAACUACAAUGACAACUAUAAUGUAUCACUGUAGACACAUUGGUGGAAUGUAGGUAGCUAUACACUGCUGAGCUAUUCUGUGCUAGCUAUGUCUGUAUUUGUGGAGGAAGCUUUUAAAUAGUAUUGUCAGCCAUUUGCCAAGGAUUCUGAAAAACAGAGCAGAAGCCCAAGCAUGACUCCAUUUCAGUCACUAGCCUCCUAGUUCAGGCCCUGGCGCGUUGGUACAAACUAGGGAUGCACUGAUACUGGUACCGGAUACUGGGACAACACUUCGCUAAAGUGGAGUAUUGGUAUCAGAGAUUUUACCCGAGGCUAAAAUCCGGCACCAAAAACCAUGAAUACCAUAUCAUGACUAAAAGUAAAAUGGCUUGAUUUAGUGCAUUUUUGUCACAUGUAUUGCAUUUCUUUAUUGAUGGCCAAAAAAAACCAAAAAACGAUUUUAUCUCGAUUACUUUGGCCCUUGACCCCAAACUAGUGGUUGAAGUCUGCUCUGUUCAGCAAAAGAUGCCCACUGCUGCUAGCUACUUGGCUAGGAUGGGUUAAAUGCAGAGGAUGAUUUUCCCCACAGGGAUUAAUAAGGUAUAUCUUAGUCUUAGGGUGGCACGGUGGCGCAGUGGUUAGCGCGGUCGCCUCACAGCAAGAAGGUCCUGGGUUCGAACCCUGGGGUAGUCCAACCUUGGGUGUCAUCCCUGGUCGUCCUGUGUGGAGUUUGCAUGUUCUCCCUGUGUCUGCGUGGGUUUCCUCCGGAUGCUCCGGUUUCCUCCCACAGUCCAAAGACAUGUAGGUCAGGUGAAUCGGCCACACUAAAUUGUCCCUAAGUGUGUGUGUGUCGGCCCUGUGAUGGCCUGGUGGCCUCUCCAGGGUGUCUCCCCGCCUGCCGCCCAAUGACUGCUGGGAUAAGCUCCAGUAUCCCGUGACCCCAAUUGGGAUAAGCGGCUUGGAUAAUGAAUGGAUCUUAAUUUUAAGAAUAGGGAUCGGCAGAGAAACAGUGAUAUCGGUGCAUCCCUAGUACAAACCCACCUACUUUGAAGCGCAUGGGGAAUGGACAGGGAAGUUUGGUCAAGUAAACCCUUAUGGCUUUUUUAUUUGUAUGGUCAGUUGUGAUUGUAAAGGAUGUAUCUAAAGGGUUUAGGAUAGGAAAGGGCUUCGAUGGAACUAGGCCAAACGCGUAUUCAAGCUCCUCUGAAGGAGUUCUCCCACGAGCAUGUGCAAUAAUGACGUUGUUUAUCGAGUGAUCAUGGCGCACCAGCUUCUUUACUGUUUUUUUUUUUUUUUUUUUGGUUGCCUGACACCGAAACUUUGGUAUUUACUCUCACAAUGUUAGAAGACCAUCAGUGCAAUAUUGUAAUACUUAUUCUGUGGUAAUGCAGGAUAUUUUAUUUCUGUAGUGUUGAUGCAUGACAAGAGCGGUGUGAAAAGGGGUGAAAUCAAAUCAUAACCAGUGAGUUGUGGGACAGGGGAUCACCAAUACUUGCCAAAGUUUGAACUUUGAACUCGCUACUUCACUUUCAUUUGCCUCACCCAUGUGGAUGACAAACCCAGGUCUGAUCUGACCCAGGGGAUGUGGACUUAUCGACACUAUCGCAAAGGCGAUGUAUUCUGUCUUCUCUCUGAGGGCACGUUGAACCGCAGAGACGGUAACCGUUAGACAGUCGGCUCGGUUUAUUAGGGAAGAGCGCUGCAGAAAUGAACUUGUUUCAUGGACCAAAACCUUGGCGAAAAUGGAUCUUUGCUACAAGGCCACUUGUUACACGUGACCUCCGCAAACUAAAAAUGUCUUCCUGGUGGAAAUCUUUUCCCGAGACAGAAAAAUGAUUUUGUUAUGUAAUUUCUCUUGGUUCAGACUUUCAUAGCAUUCCCAUGGUAAUGGCAAUAGAUGUUAUCCCGUUCUACAAACUUUGGCAGGCUACUUGGUGGGACCAUUGUUCUAAAAUUGGCUUAACUUGAUGUGAUGCAAGUCCUUCCCCAAUAGCUUUGAUGAGUGCUGUUGCUGUACAUUUGCCAUUUUCUUGCUGUAAAUACGUUUUUUUUUCUGUAUUCGGUUUACCUUUUUUGUGCAUGUGAAUAUUUACAUCCAACAUUUGCUCCGUGCAAAGUUGAAUAUCUGGGUAGCUGUGCAAUAGCUUCACAUGAGAUCUGCUUUAUUUUGAUGUUAAACAUCAUUGUAUUAAGGACAUGUCGGUUUUAUCUUGAGUGUGUUAACUUCUCUGCUUUGUACGAUCGUUGUUUUUUUAGCCGUCUAUUAGAUAAUUAUGCAAUUUUUAAUAAACUACAUAGGCUGUUAUCUGUAUCUGAAAUCGCAAACUAUGCCUUUAUGUUAUUAUGCGAGACACCGAUCACAGUUUUAUCGCCCACCUAUAACAAAGCGCUGGAUGAUAUUGCUUUACUUGCCUUUAAAUUUUGCUUGAGAGUCUCUUCAGUUUGCUCUCAACUGUAGAAAUGGCCUUGAAUUAGCGCUUUCUUGGAUAAAAUACUAGCUUUGCCAAAUAAGGUCUUGUUUGCGCUCUACUCUAAAAAAAAAAAAAGCUAAAUAUCUCAAUAGGCAUGAGUUGUCUUUCUUCCUCAUGUGUAAACUAAGAUGUACAAGGGGAAAAAUUUGGGUAAAUGUUGAGUAAAGCAGAAACAGACGAUACGGAGGCACCUUGUUAGAGCGUAAACAACGACCUUUUACUACGUUUGCUGGGCAGAAAGGAAUGCGACAGCGUGUUGCUGGUGUGGCGUUGUGUAUGUAUAUCGUGGGAUGUAAUUGGUGCAGCUAUGCUGUGUGAUCAGAGUGCAGCAUCGUUUCUGAGCUCGUGUAUUGAAGUAAGCUGGAAAGCCGAUAAAGGACUCUUUAGGAUGCUGUCUCUGAGGACAGCCUGUGUGUCGUGUUGGUGAAGUAUUGUUAUUAUUAUUGAAGGUUUUGGGGAAAGAAUAAAUCCAACAACAACAAAAAA